CGAAAAUGACUUUUCUCAACAAAUCAUAAAGAUAUUGGUACCUUAUAUUUUAUUUUUGGAAUUUGAUCAGGGAUAGUAGGAACAUCCUUAAGUUUACUAAUUCGUGCUGAAUUAGGAACACCUGGAUCUUUAAUUGGAGACGACCAAAUUUAUAAUACUAUUGUAACGGGUCAUGCCUUUAUUAUAAUUUUUUUUAUAGUUAUACCUAUUAUAAUUGGAGGAUUUGGAAAUUGAUUAGUACCUUUAAUAUUAGGAGCCCCUGAUAUAGCUUUCCCUCGAAUAAAUAAUAUAAGUUUUUGACUUUUGCCUCCUUCCUUAACCUUACUCAUUUCAAGAAGAAUUGUAGAAAAUGGAGCAGGUACUGGAUGAACAGUGUACCCCCCACUAUCAUCUAAUAUUGCUCAUAGAGGAAGUUCGGUAGAUUUAGCCAUUUUUUCUCUUCAUUUAACUGGUAUUUCUUCAAUUUUAGGAGCUAUUAACUUUAUUACUACUAUUAUUAAUAUAAAGUUAAAUGGUAUAUCUUUUGAUCAAAUACCUCUUUUUAUUUGAGCUGUAGGUAUUACAGCUUUAUUACUUCUUCUUUCCCUUCCUGUAUUAGCUGGAGCUAUUACUAUAUUAUUAACAGACCGAAAUUUAAAUACUUCCUUUUUUGAUCCUGCUGGAGGAGGAGAUCCUAUUUUAUAUCAACAUUUAUUUUGAUUUUUUGGUCACCCAGAAGUAUAUAUUUUAAUUUUACCUGGAUUUGGAAUAAUUUCUCAUAUUAUUUCUCAAGAAAGAGGUAAAAAGGAAACCUUUGGUUCUUUAGGAAUAAUUUAUGCUAUAAUAGCAAUUGGACUUUUAGGAUUUAUUGUUUGAGCACAUCAUAUAUUUACUGUAGGAAUAGAUAUUGAUACUCGAGCUUAUUUUACAUCCGCCACAAUAAUUAUUGCUGUACCUACAGGAAUUAAAAUUUUUAGCUGAUUAGCUACUCUUCAUGGAACUCAAAUUAAUUAUAAUCCUUCUAUAUUAUGAAGAUUAGGAUUUGUAUUUUUAUUUACAGUAGGAGGGUUAACAGGUAUUAUUUUAGCUAAUUCUUCCAUCGAUGUAAGUUUACAUGACACAUAUUAUGUUGUUGCUCAUUUUCAUUACGUUUUAUCUAUAGGAGCUGUAUUUGCUAUUCUAGCUGGAUUUAUUCAUUGAUACCCUUUAUUUACUGGAUUAUGUUUAAAUCCUUAUUUACUAAAAAUUCAAUUCCUUUCAAUAUUUAUUGGAGUAAAUUUAACUUUUUUCCCUCAACAUUUUUUAGGAUUAGCUGGUAUACCUCGUCGAUAUUCAGAUUACCCUGAUUCUUAUAUUUCAUGAAAUAUUUUAUCUUCUUUAGGAUCUUAUAUUUCUUUUUUAUCCAUUUUAUUUAUACUUUUUAUUGUUUAUGAAUCUUUAAUUAAUCACCGAAUUUCAUUAUUUUCUUUAAAUCUAACUUCUUCAAUUGAAUGAUAUCAAAAUCUCCCUCCUGCUGAACAUUCAUAUAAUGAACUUCCUAUUUUAAGAAACU